CUUUCCAAUUGGCUGCAUGUGACGUUCAGCGCAGCUCGGCUCUUUCACUUGUGCUUCUUGUUGGAGGUGUUGGCGACAACUGAGCAACCGCUUCUUGGAAUAACACUAAUGCGAUGCUGCUGCUCCGGCGCUCUAAAUGUCUGAUCCAGUUUGGGGUGCUCAACACCCAAAGACAUCCAGUGACCCCGGCGGUGUCGUCCUUCGCUGUCCGCCUCUGGAGCAACAGUACUGAACACCAGCGGUCAGACUCCUGGCAGCGAUGGAGACGAGGCUUAGUGGCCGGGAUGCUGGCUGGUUCUGGAGUGGUUCUGGCGUACGGCCUUUGCCAACACAAGGCGGAGCAGUCCCACAGCAUGGCCCCUGACAUGGUGCGGAAGUCCUCUGUUCUCCCAGUCUUCAGCCAGGAGGAGGUCACCAAGCACCGCUCCCUGGAAGACAGGGUGUGGGUCACCUUCCAGGGUGGUGUGUAUGACAUCACCGACUUUGUCAGCGUCCAUCCCGGUGGUAGCAAGAUCAUGCUGGCAGCAGGGGGCGCUCUGGAACCCUUUUGGUCCCUGUACGCUGUGCACAACCAGGAGCAUGUUUUGGAGAUCCUGGCGGAGUACAAGGUGGGUGAGCUGAGGGCAGAGGACCAGCAAAAGCAGGAGGCUGUCAAGACAUUGGACCCGUACUCCACGGACCCCGAGCGCCAUCCUGUCCUGCGCAUCAACAGCCUGAAGCCCUUCAACGCCGAACCGCCUCCCGAAAUCCUGACUGACAGCUACAUCACUCCUUCAGCUCUGUUCUUCAAAAGGAACCACUUGCCUGUUCCUCAAGUGGACCUGGACACAUACCAGCUGCAGGUGGAGGGCCUGCCCUCGGGGGCUACAAAGCUCUCACUAGAGGAGCUGAAGACCCGCUUCCCCAAACACACAGUGACUGUCACGCUGCAGUGUGCCGGGAACCGGCGCUCUGAGAUGAACAAGGUGAAGCAGGUGAAGGGCCUGAACUGGGAUAUCGCCGCCAUCAGCACGGCAACAUGGAGCGGUGCCAGGCUGCGAGACGUUCUUCUGGCUGCUGGUUACAGUCCAGACGUGGCCCACUGGGCUCAUCAUGUUCACUUUGAGGGACUUGACAAGGACGUGACGGGGACGAUGUAUGGGGCCUCCAUUCCUCUGAGCAAAGCCGUGAGGGAGGAGGGCGAGGUCAUUUUAGCUUAUGAGAUGAACGGCGAGCCCAUCCCGGCAGAUCACGGCUUCCCCGUCCGGGCUGUGGUCCCCGGAACAGUGGGGGCCCGCAGUGUGAAGUGGCUGGGAAAGAUCGUUGUGAGUGCGGAGGAGAGCAACAGCCACUGGCAGCAGAACGACUACAAGGGCUUCUCCCCUGGCACGGACUGGGACACGGUGGACUUCAGGUCUGCACCAGCCAUCCAAGAGCUCCCCAUCCAGUCUGCCAUCACCACACCAGUGGAUGGCGCCAUGGUGGACCGAAGUGAGGAGGAGGUGACGGUGAAGGGCUACGCCUGGAGCGGAGGGGGUCGUGAGGUGGUACGAGUGGACGUCUCCCUGGAUGGAGGGAAGACGUGGCAUGUGGCUGAGCUGAGGAGUGGGGAGAAGGGUCAGGAUCCAGAACCUUCUCCUCAUCUGGGGCAGGCCUGGGCCUGGAAGCUGUGGGAGGUGACCGCUCCUCUUCCUGCGAAAGCCCAGGACCUGGAAAUAAUCUGCAAGGCAGUGGACAACAGCUACAACAUGCAGCCGGACACCAUCGCCCCCAUUUGGAACCUACGGGGCGUCCUGAAUAACGCAUGGCACCGAGUCAGGGUGAAGGUCCGAGACACCACAAACUGAAAGCCUUUCAGUCAGUAAUGAAGAACAUAUAAGAAAAACUGCAGUGUAUUUGAAUGAGAUUUUUUUCUUCAGGUCUUAUGAUUGAGCACGACCAAAUGCUGUGGAUACAGCAGUGGGUGAAUUAAGUACAUUGAACAUAUUGUGAGACGUGAGGUGACGACCUCCAUAUAUGUGUGACAUGAGAAGCUCCUGAUUGAGAGAUGCACAUGACUUGAAUGAUCGCUGGUGAGUCUGAUCUGGCGCCCAGCAGAGGAAUGACUAGCUGCCAUUUUAGGAUGUAUUUUCAAUGAAAAACACAGCAAGCUUUGCUCAUAGUGUGGUCUGAGGUUUUCAGAAUGAGAGCAUGUUCAAACUCCCUGAUCUUACCCGAGUCUAUUGUGUAGCAUCAUGUUUGCCAUGCACAUUUUAUUUCCGUCUCAUGUUUCUAUAUCAUGUUUGCACUUGAACAAAUCAUCAUCAGUCUGAAUUAAUAUGGAAUAUGUCAUGAGGACAUACCGCUGCUGUUAGCAUCGUCCAGCUACGAGGCUGUGGGUGAAACCCUAACCACCAACACGUGACGUUGUUGAACCUCCAUGAAGAUUACAGUAGUGGGUCGGGCAGGUGAGUACAGAUGGUUUCUAGCGACAGAACGCAAACUACAUGCGUUCAGAAAAGAAGGGAACAGAACGUUUAAUAGCUGGAUUUUUCUUUUUUUUAAUGAAAAUAAAGCGGUUUGCUGACAGCUGGUCGUGGAGACAGUGUGAUGUUUACCUUUUCGUUACCUGACUUGCUCUCCUUUCUGCCAAGGGGUCGAACCUGUCACACUGUUUGCUCCGGUACUGAACAGCAGCGGUUAUGGUCACCAGGACACUUUACUGUGUUAAAAAAGAAAUAAGCUCCAGAUGAGCCGUGACCUAAAAUCAUUUUCACACCUCCCGAAAUGUGAAAGAUUUAGAUUGGCUGCCUCGCAUAAUUACUAAUGUUCCUCAAGGUCAAUUCAAUCAUAUCUGACCCAGUGCGCCCCCUGCUGCUGGAGAGUGAACGCUGUCGAGGUCGGUAGCUGAAGCGCAGGCAGCGCCACCUUCAGCUGUGACUGCGUUAUUGCGGCGAGGUUGAUGUUUCGGCGAGAACUGAACAUGAAGAAGAGACAAACUGGAGUUUUUAGAUCCUUAUACAACGUCUGUGUAUUUUUUAGAUUAGAUUUGAUGAUCACACCACCGCAUUAUUGAAUAAGAGAACAAAUAAAGUGCAAUAAAUACAAAUGUUAAUCAGAAUCCAAU